AUGCCUCAAUUAGCUUACUCUAUAUUCAUGCUUUUGAUCGCACUUUUUGGAUUAAGAUCUCAUAAAAGAUUCACAAAUUUAUUGGCAGUAACGAGAAAGUCAAGCGCAUCACAAAUUAAUAUUAUAUUAAAAUUAGAAUAUUUUAGAGAUAUGAAUAGAUAUUUAACUUGGAGUCUUUUCAUCGGUUCAAUAUCAUUAUUGACUCUUUGUAUUGAUGGUUUAACUACUGAGAAAUAUCUUAAUGUUCAUAAAUUUUCUGCUGACCUUUUAAUGUGUCAUGUUAGUUUUUCACUUUGGCUUGUAUUUGUUAUUUUAAUGUUAAUAUUUUAUCCUUCUACGAGUACA